AUGGUGUCCUUUAGUAAAUCAUUAUUUGCAUUACUUUCAGUAUGCCUAGUCUCAGUUAAUGCAAGUGACGAUGGAUAUACAAUUUACCAUGCUGAUGAUUUCCCAGUUCAAGCAUGUACCGGUAUCAUUGGUAAGACCGCCACAUUUUUCCCCAGCACUGCGAAGAAUGGAUACUGUGAUGUUAACAAUCAACCAGCCUUGGGUACUAUGGCUGAGUGUAUUGAGAUGAUGAUGAAUUACAAAAACAAAAACUCGCGUAAAUUGUUUAUUACCAGUUGUAAAAAGAAGAAUUUAACUGAAGACCAAUAUUACGCUGCCUUGCAAAAUGCCACUGAUUUUGGAUUUGUUAAUACUACUGCUGAAACGGGGUUCAACAAGUCGGAAUUAUACUACAAACCAGUUUUGUUAACUCAAAAGAAGGUUGAUAGAGCUUAUGAUGCCGUUGCUACAAGGUGGUACAACUACAACUAUGCCCAAUGGUUUGGUAUUGCUUUGAUGCUGUAUUGGUUUGGUGUUUUGUUUAUCGCUGGUAUCGUCAACUUGUGCUACUUCCUUUUCCCAUCACUCAUCAAGUCUUUUAAAGGUAAGUUGGUUAAUGCGUUCCGUAAAUAUUUGACUUUACCAGCAUUGUUCAACAAGACUCAUGUCCACCACAAAGUUGUUUUCAAGUACUUGGUACUUAUGUUCCCUACCAGAUUGGAGUCGUUGAUUGUCGUUGGAUGGUUUGCUAUGGCUUUGACUAUGUGCUGUACCAACUAUGUCCACGUUGUACCUAAUUAUAUUUGGCCAGACACUGCUAAUGAAAUUGGAAGAAAAGUUGCUGAUAGAACCGGACAAAUCGUCAUGUGGUUGAUGCCGCCAUUGGUGUUGUUUGCCGGCAGAAACAAUUUCAUGCAAUGGGUCAGUGGCUGGCCAUAUGCUAGAUUUGUCUACAUUCACAAAUGGAUGUCAAGAAUUGUCUUCAUCAUGUCGAUUGCUCAUGCUGUUGGUAUGACCUAUAACGGACGUAUUCUUGGAAAAUAUGUAUCCAGAUUUCAACAACCUUAUGUUCGUUGGGGUACCGUUUCCAUUGUUGCCAUGGGUGUAAUGUGUUUCCAAUCCUUGAUGUUUUUCAGAAGAAACAACUAUGAAGUGUUUGUUAUGGGUCAUAUUAUCUUGGCAGUCUUUGCCAUUGCUGGUUUAUGGCUCCAUACUAAACCUCUAAGUUUCGAUUACUGGAUGAUUGCUGCUGUUUCAGUUUGGGUAUUUGAUCAUGUUGUUCGUCUUGGUAGAUUGUUUUCAUUUGGUUUGCAUACAGCUCAAGUUCAAUUAAUUGCCAAUGAAACCGUUAGAGUCACUGUUUCUAGACCAGCUUGGUGGAUUCCAUUCCCUGGUUGUCACGCGUUUAUUCAUUUUAUGAGACCUACUUGUUUCUGGCAAUCACAUCCAUUUACCAUUAUUGACUCGGUGGUUGAGACCAAGACCAUCACUUUUUACUUGAAAGUUAAAGGAGGUAUGACACAUGGAUUGUAUCAAUACUUGGCCAAACAACCAAGUCAAACUGCUUCGAUCAAGGUUUCCGUUGAAGGUCCAUAUGGUAACCCAAUUGCUAUCAAUAGAUUUGAAUCCAGUGUAUUUGUUGCUGGAGGAAAUGGUAUUCCAGGUCUUUAUUACGAAGCUACUUCAAUUGCUAAAAAGUUUGGAGAAUCAAGAUCAAUUAAAUUCUAUUGGGUCAUUCGUCAUUACCGUAGCUUGGAAUGGUUUUAUCAAGAAUUACAAAAAUUGAAGGACUUGCCAUCAAUUACACCAAUUGUUUACGUGACUCAACCACAUGUUGGAUUGACUGAACCAAUUGAAACCGCCUUAACUGAUGAUGAAUUGGAACAAGAAGAAGAACAAGAAAAGAAAUCAGAUUCAUAUGAAAAGGAGGAUUACAUCGUUAAACUUAGAAAGCAAUUGAGUCACAUUGAAUUUAGAGAAUACAGACCUGACUUUUACCAAAUUAUUGGUGAAGAAAUCAAGGAAACAGUGACUCCAUUGGCUAUUGCUUCUUGUGCACAUGGAUCAAUGGUUGAUGACGUUAGGAAAUCAGUUGCUGAUCAUUUGGAUGAUUCAAAAUACAGAAUUGAAUUGUUUGAACAAAUCCAAGGUUGGUAA